AUGGCCGCCGGCAACUUCCGCUUCCCCGACUUCGCCCUCCUCGACCCGAUCACCUGCAUCCGCGACCUCCGCAACGCAACCACCGCGUGGGCCUUGACCACGGCGGGCCUCACCAUUCAGGUCUCCUUGGCGGCGGCCGCCCCGCCGCGCCUCUCCCACUUCUGCGUCUGGUGCCCCGGCCGCGACAAGACCACCUUCGCUUACGUGCCCGAUGUCUUCUGCUCCGCGGGGGACCACGCCCUCAUCCGGGUCGGCUUCACCACCGGCGACUCGACGGAUCACUACAUCGUCUACCGGGCCAGGGGGCCCGACGGCCGGCCGUCGCUUGACCUGCUCCCGGACUUCGAUGAUUAUUCCGACGCAGAGAGUCUGCUGCUGCCCUACGGUUUCGUCUCCCACCGCAAGCACUUGGUCAUAGCGGCCCUGAGCGACGGACCGACGGAGUGGCAGUACUAUCUCCACACCCUCAGCUGCGAGCCGCACUCCACGUGGUCCAAGAAGCUGCUGCGGGUGGAGUUCCCCCGUGGAGCAGCCAGGAAAUCGGCUAUGAACGAUCCCUUAAAGGUGAUUGCACUUGGAGGUGGGCUGCUAGGUUGGGUCAAUCUCAGGGAGGGCAUCCUGAUCUGCGACGUGCUCGAUCCCGGGGUGGCGGCGUUGCACUUCGUCCCGAUGCCCAAGCUGCUGCCCAGCAACAAUCAACUCUACGACAAUGAAUCUCGCGCGAGGGCGAUUCGCGACGUCACCUUCAGCCGUGGCUACAUCAGGUGCGUCGAGUUUGAGGAGCUGGUAGAAUGCAGAGCCACAACUGUGCCGGCUGUUCCUGAUCCCUGGGACAUGGAUGAGCUCCAAGACUCGGAAUCGGCCGAUGAUCCGCCCCAGGAGGAGGAGGAAGAUGUUGUCGUUGGUUGGAGGCUCAUCACAUGGUAUAGGGCAUUGACUUGGAACUGUUGGCGCAAGGGGUACACGGUUCAUUCCGACGAGCUCGGCAUUGUCUCCUUGCCUCAGAUUAUUGGAGGUGCUGGUGCCUGUGCUCUAAAAGUGCCACUCAAGGACCUGAAAGCAGCUGCUCCUACUCUCCGUGGCGACGGCGAUGUUGUUUACCUCGCGUGCGAACUGCACGAGCAGAACCAAAGAACAUGGAUUGUUGCUGUUGACACUAGGAGGAAGUUGGUGGGAGAGCUUUGUUCUGUAGAGGAAGUCUAUCUUUACGAUCCGAGCUACAUUCCAUAUGUGCUUACCGAAUAUUAUCUAGAUGAUAGAUCAGGUGGAGCUCAGGCACAUACGCUAAAUGCUUGUCAUCCCACCCCACAAAACUUAGAUGGGUCCCAGAAGAAGCGGCAGCGGCUUUCAUAA